AUGAACGGUGACGAAGCUACGGCCCCGCUGGCUAUUGUUGGCAUAGCAAGUCGUUUCGCAGGAGGGGCCAGCAGCCCCGAGAAGCUGUGGGAGAUGAUGGUGGAAAAGCGGACCGGAUGGAGUGAAAUCCCUCCGACGCGUUUCGAGCUCGGUGGGCUAUAUCACCCAAAUGGGGAGAGAAUCGGAACGACGCACGUUAAGGGGGCACACUUUCUCGAGGAGGAUGUGGCUUUGUUUGAUGCCGGAUUCUUUGGCAUGGCAUCCGAUUUCGCCAGCACGCUCGACCCGCAGUAUCGCAUGAAGCUGGAGCUUGUUUACGAAGCUCUCGAGAGCGCCGGCAUCCCCUUGGAGAAAAUACGCGGCACCAACACCUCGGUCUACAGCGGCAUCAUGUUCCGAGACUACCACGACACGCAGGUCCGCGACCCGGGCACACUACCGCGGUAUUUCUCGACGGGUAACCCAGCCAGCAUGGCGUCCAACCGGAUCUCGCACUUUUUUGAUCUGCGCGGGCCCAGUAUGAGCAUGGAUACCGCUUGCUCGUCCACACUGACGGGGCUGCAUCUCGCCUGUCAGGGCCUGCGGAAGGGCGAGUCGGAGGUCGCGAUCGUCACGGGGGCGAGCUUGAUGCUUAAUGCUGAUGUGUUUAUCGGCAUGUCUAAUCUUGGCUUCCUCUCCCCCUCAGGCAUCUCCUACACCUUCGACCACCGCGCCAACGGCUACGGGCGCGGCGAAGGCGGCGCCGCCAUCAUUCUCAAACCGCUCCAUUCCGCCGUCCGCGACGGCGAUCCCAUCCGCGCAGUCAUCCGCGAGACAGCGCUGAACCAGAACGGCAAGAGGGCCCAGACCAUCACGGCACCCAGCCGGGACGCGCAGGAGGCCCUCGUGCGGGAGUGCUAUGCGCGUGUGGGGGUUGACCCGGCGCUGACGGGGUUUGUCGAGGCGCAUGGGACGGGGACGAUGGUCGGGGAUCCGUUGGAGGUGGCUGCGCUGGCGGGGGCGUUUGGCAGCUCAGGAGUUGGACAGCAGCAGCAGCAGCAGCAGCAGCAGCAGCCACCGCUGUAUAUCGGGUCGGUCAAACCAAAUAUCGGGCAUACGGAGGGGGCGAGUGGGUUGGCGAGCAUUGUCAAGGUUGUGCUGGCGUUGGAAAAGGGGCUGAUUCCGCCUAACACGCGGUUUGAGAGGGCGAAUGAGAAGUUGCGGCUUGAAGAGAGGGGCCUGGAGGUCCCGACAGAGGUACGGCCGUGGCCGUUGCUGGGUGAUGGGAUGCGACGGGCGUCGGUCAAUAAUUUUGGUUUUGGAGGGAGCAAUGCGCAUGCCAUUCUCGAGGCUUAUCUGCCGCGUCAGGCCGACGAUGGGGCAGUAACUGUAAGACCGACAGGGGCACCGGCCCAGCGCAUCUUCCUCCUGAGCGCCAAAGAUGCCCGGGCCUGUCAACGUAUGGCAUCCAACUUGCGUCAGCACCUGCUCGCCAUCCAGGAGUCCCAGGAGUCCCAGGAGUCCCAGGAGUCCCAGGAGGAGAAAGACGACCCAGCCUUCUGGGAUGCACUAGCCUACACCCUCGGCGCCCGGCGGUCCGUAUUCUCCUACACCAUCGCCGUAGCAGCGGGUAACGUGUCGGGGUUAGCAUCGGCGUUGGAACAGGCCGGCCCUCCUUCGCGCGCGGCCAGCUCGGUCCCGCCUCGGUUGGGAUGGGUCUUUACCGGCCAGGGGGCGCAGUGGUAUGCGAUGGGCCGGGAGUUGAUUGCCGAGUAUGCGGUAUUUCGCGCGGCGAUCGUGGAGUGUGACCGGCAUAUGCAGGCCAUGGGGUCGAAGUGGUCUCUCUUGGAGGAACUCCACCGCGACGAGUCCACCAGCCAAGUCAACAACAUCGUCUACAGCAUCGCCCUCUCCACCUCGAUCCAGAUCGCCCUGGUCCAGCUGCUCCGAUCCUGGGGCAUCCGUCCCGCAGCCGUAACGGGCCACUCCAGCGGCGAGAUCGCAGCCGCCUACGCAGCGGGGGCUCUCGACGUCCGCGGGGCCAUGGCCAUCGCCUACCUACGCGGGGCGCUCGUCGACAAGUUCGGCGAUGAGAUUGUAGGCCGCGGCGGGAUGAUGGCCGUGGGUUUGGGGCGUGCCGCCGUCGUGGAUGGAGGGUACCUGUCCCGCAUCACGGCUGGGAAGGUGGUCAUUGCUUGCGUGAACAGUCAGGAGAGCGUUACUGUGUCGGGAGAUCUCGCCGGGAUCGAGCAGCUGGAGGGGAUGCUCGCGGCUGAGGGUGUCUUUGCCCGGCGUCUGCGGGUCAACGGGGCUUUCCACUCGGAGCAUAUGCGCCCUAUUGCUGAUCUAUUUGACUGGACGCUCAAGGGGUAUUUGGGCUCCUCACGCUCAGACACAGACACAGAUACAAACACAGAUCCAGAGACAGACUUUGGAUCCGUCAUCUUCUCCUCGCCCAAGACGGGGAAACGGGUGCACGAGGCAUCGACGCUCAUCAGCCCGUCGCAUUGGGUAGGCAACAUGCUGCAGCCGGUCGAGUUUGAGAGCGCGUUCCGGCACAUGUGCUUCGGGGAGGCCGGUUCUACACCAGACGUCGACGUGGUGAUCGAAGUCGGGCCCCACGGUGCCCUAGGCGGUCCCAUCCAACAACUGAUGGCCCAGCCCGAGUUUAGGGACACCAACAUGAACAUCCCGUACUUCCCCUGUCUCAUCCGCCGCCGCAACGCCAUCGCCACAAUGCAGCAACUCGCCAUCCAACUCAUCCACCGGGGCUAUCCUGUCGACCUAAAUGCCAUCAACUUCCCACACGGCCCUCCCACUGGUCGCCCGCUAGUCCUCCACAACCUCCCAUCCUACCCAUGGACCCACCAAGAACGCUACUGGCGCGAGCCGCGGCUCAACAAGCUGUAUCACCAUGGUGGAAAACACGGACAAGGAGGCGGGCCGCACGAACUGCUGGGCAUCCGCCAGCAUAGCGGCGCACACCCCGUGGAACACACCUGGCGACAGGUCAUCCGUGUCUCCGACGUGCCGUGGCUCCAAGACCAUCGUGUGCAGUCGAGGAUUGUCUACCCGGCGGCGGGGCUGGUGUGUAUGGCGCUUGAGGCGGCGCAUCAGCUGGUCUCGGAAGACCCGAAACGACAACAGCAGCAACAGAAACAACAGCAACAGCCGCAGGAGCAACGUGCUUCCCGCUAUGACUACGAACUCCGGGACAUAGACGUGGACAAAGCCCUGAUGAUCCCCGAGACGGGCGAGACGACGACAGGAGAGGCCGACGGCGUCGAAGUGCAAGUGACGAUAAGUCCCUGCGACGAGAAGCUGCUCGGAUCCCAGGGGUGGCUGCAGUUCCGCAUCUGCUCGGUGUCGGGGGAGAAUGUCUGGACGCAGCACUGCACGGGGCAUAUUGCCGUUCACAGCGCGAACCCGGUCGACAACAACAACAACAACAACCUGAUCUCUUCACGGCGGAAUCUGACCAAGACGGCCUACCUCGGCCAGAUCCAACCCUCAACACUGUGGACAGCCCUCCGAUCCGUCGGCAUCCACCACGGCCCGGCAUUUCAGAACCUCCGUCGGGUGUACACCAAGCGACGGGGGUCCUUGACGGUCUUUUCGGUAGCCGAGCCAAACACACAGUCAUCAGCACCCUUGCUGCUACAUCCAACAACGCUGGACUCGGUCUUCCAAGCCGCCUUCACGCUGAUGCCCGAUGCCCAGGCCGGCCGACUGCCCUGCGCCUUUGUGCCGCGGCGGAUUCGCUCGUUGCGAGUCCGGUUGACGAUUCCCAGGCUCGCUAGUCAGGAGUGGGCAGCGUAUGCCGUGCGAGACCGGCUGGAUGCGGCAAAUGCUUUGCACGCUAGUGUUACCGUUGUUGAUAACGUGAAGGAUUCUUCCCAUUCCCAUUCCCCGGAUGCCGAUGCCGAUGCUGAUACCCCUCUACCCGUCAUCGAACUCCACGGCCUAACCAUCCAGUCCCUCGGCCAGUCCCAGGUAUCCCCAGCCGAAACACACAAAACAGAAACCGACAUCUGCAGCCAAUGGUCCUGGGCCCCAGACCUUUCCCUCGCCGACUCGUCCCGGCUGCGAGCCCAGCUCAGUUCCCCCGUCGACCCGGCCGAGGUAGCCGUCGUCAAGGACUUGCGUCUCGCGACGAUUCACUACAUCCACGACACGCUGCAGAGUCUGACGCCGGGUGAUGUUGAGACCUUACAGAACCAGAACCAGGACCAGAGCCAUCUCGGCAAGUUGUACACCUGGAUGACAACCCAACUCGAGCUAGCAAAGCAAAACGUCUUGGCGCCCGAUAGUUCCACCUGGCUAUCCCUAUCCCCAACCACCACAACCAACGACAAAAACGACAAAACCGCCCUCCUCACCCGUGUAGCCCACACCAGCCUAAACGGCGAAAUGCUCACCCGCCUCGCCACCCACGCCCCCUCCAUCCUACGCCAACAAACCUCCCCCCUCGAGGUCAUGCUCGAGGGUCGGCUGCUCUACCGGUACUACACCUCGGCACUCCGCUGGAACCGGUCGACGCGGCAGGUCGGCGAACUCGUCCGGUUGUGUACACACUUGAAUCCACGGGCCAGGAUAUUGGAGAUUGGGGCUGGUACGGGGGGUGGGACGCAGGUGAUUCUAGAUGCGUUGGGUCCGGAACGGUUGGAGAGGUAUGACUUUACGGAUGUGUCGUCGGGGUUUUUCGAUGCGGCACGCGAGAGGUUUGCGGAGUGGGAGGGGGUGAUGAGGUUUCGGAAACUGGAUAUUGAGUUGGAUCCGACGGGGACAACGGCGGAGGAUGGCGGUGAUGGCGGUGAUGGCGGUGAUGGUCAAGGGUUUGAAGCGGGCGGGUAUGAUUUGGUGAUUGCGUGUCAGGUGUUGCACGCGACCAAGAGCAUGGUGCGGACGCUGGAGAAUGUGAGGAAAUUGUUGAAGCCGGGCGGUAGGUUGGUGUUGCUGGAGACGACGAGGGAUGAGUUAGAUGUGUCGUUUUGUUUUGGGUUUCUGCCGGGGUGGUGGUUGGGCGAAGAAGAAGAACGCAAGACAACCCCCUCGCUCACGAUCCCCUUCUGGCACCAAGUCCUAUCCGAAAGCGGCUUCACGGGGGUCGACUUGGAAGUCCACGACUGCGACAGCGAGGAGUACUACUCGGCCAGCACCAUCCUGUCCACGGCCAAGCCGACAGACCCCGGUGUUUCCCCUAAAGUGCCCGUGUGUAUCAUAACAGGCCGUUCCCCGCCACCAACCCCCUGGCUAACCGAGCUCCAAACCGCGAUCACUUCCAUCACCAACGGGCCCCUACCCACAAUCGAGUCACUGGAGUCCUUACCAGCGUCCUUGGAAUCAGCCGGCGGCAAGAUCUACAUCGUCCUGGCCGAAGCCGACCAACCGCUCCUAGCCUCCGCCAGCCCAGCCGAGUUCCAAGCCAUCGUGAAGCUAGCCUCAUCCCACUGCCGCGGCGUGCUCUGGGUCACCCGCGGCGGUGCGAUGGAAAGCAAACAGCCGCUGAUGAGCUUGGCCACGGGGCUGCUGCGGACGCUGCGGAGCGAGUAUCGAGGACGUACGGGGUUUGUGUCGUUGGACUUGGAUGCGGGGAGGGGGGCUUGGACCGGGGGGACGGUGGAUGCUGUCGUGAGGGUUUUGCGGGGGGCGUUUAUGACUGGCGGGAAAGAUGGGGAUGAGGAUAAAAGGGGCGAUGAGGACGAUGAGGACGAAGUGGACUGUGUGAAGAUGCGGGAUUUCGAGUACGCGGAACGAGACGGCAUCAUCCACAUACCGCGGGCGUUCAAGCACACAGAGCUAAACCACUGCCUAGCAUCGCAGCGGGCUUCCUCUUCAUCAACAACACCCAGUAGUACCCAGCCCCAGCACCAGCCCAUCCUCCAACCCAACCGCCCCCUACACCUAACCAUCGGCACCCCCGGCCUCCUCGACACCCUCCUCUUCACCGACGACACCGACGCGACCCUACACCCCCUACCGCCGGACCACAUCGAACUCGCCCCGACCGCCAUCGGCCUCAACUUCCGCGACGUCAUGGUAGCCAUGGGCCAACUCGACGGCGAAGGGACCAGAGGCAGAUUAAUGGGCUACGAAUGCGCCGGCACCAUCACCCGCUUGGGACCCCUCGCAGCAGCGCAGGACACCGGUUUAGCCGUAGGCGACCGCGUCUGCACUCUCCUCCGCGGUCAAUGGUCAACCCGCCCCCGCACGCCCUGGACCAACGUCGUGCGGAUCCCACCUUCGCUAAGUGACGCCGACGCGGCGUCUUUGCCCGUCGUGUUUGCUACGGCGUACAUUGCCCUGCACGAGACGGCCCGUAUCCAACCGGGUGAGACCGUGUUGAUCCACGCGGCCACGGGCGGGGUCGGGCAGGCGGCUAUUAUCCUCGCGCAGUUGGCCGGGGCGGAGGUGUUUGCUACGGCGGGCACGCCGGGGAAGAGGGCGUUUUUGGCUGGGAAAUUUGGGAUUUCGGAGGAUCGGAUCUUUUCGAGUCGGGAUGUGUCCUUCGCGGCUGGGGUGCGGGCACAGACGCGUGGCGGGCGUGGGGUGGACGUGGUGGUGAACUCGUUGGCGGGUCAGCUGCUGCAGGAGAGUUUGGGGUGUUUGUGUGAAUUUGGCCGGUUUGUGGAGAUUGGGAAGCGGGAUAUGCUGGGGCAUAGUGGUCUGGAUUUGUAUCCGUUCCUGCGGAAUGUCUCGUUCAUGUCGGUGGAUUUGCCUGCGUGGAUGGACCGGCGCGGGGAGGUCAUCUCACGCGUAUUAAGGGAGGUCGUGGCGCUUCUGGAGCAGAAGCAUAUCGCGCCUGUGAGCCCGGUUACUGUGUUCCCCGUGUCUGAGGUGGAAGAGGCGUUCCGGGUCAUGCAGGCCGGGCAGCACAUGGGGAAGAUUGUGGUGUCUGUUGGCGAGGAGGAUUCUGUACCGGUCCUCCCACACGCAGCACCUCUCCGUCUCCGCCCAGACGCCUCGUACCUAAUCGCCGGCGGCCUAGGCGGCAUCGGACGCUCGCUGUGCGAAUGGAUGGCCGAACACGGGGCGCGCCAACUAAUCGUCCUGUCUCGCUCGGCGUGUCAGGAGCAGGUGGCCGCCGCGUUUGACGACGACGAGCUGUUUGGCGAGCAGGGGUGUCAAGUGCGUGCCGUGGCCUGCGAUAUUGCCGACGAAGCGCAGCUCUGCGAAGCCCUACAACAGCGAUGUGCCGAUUUGCCGCCUAUUCGGGGUGUGAUUCACGCUGGUAUGGUUCUCAAGGACUCAGCCUUCGAAAACAUGACCCUCCCCACCUUCCAAACCGUCCUCCGUUCCAAAGUCCAAGGCACCUGGAACCUACACACCCACCUACCCCACGACAGCCCAGACCACCUCGACUUCUUCAUCAUGCUCUCCUCCCUCAGCGGCGUCGUCGGCAGCCCCGGCCAAGCCAACUACGCAGCCGGUAACGCCUUCCAGAACGCCCUGGCCCAAUUCCGUCGCGCCCGUAACCUCCCUGCUGUGUCUGUCGAUUUGGGCAUGGUGCAGACUGUUGGCCAUUUUGCUGCUGCUGCUGCUGCCCAGCAUGAUACAACACAGGCGGGCGCUAACACCAACAUCGGCGAACGGCUGACGCGAGACGGGUUCACGUCCAUCACUGAGACGGACGUGCGCCGCAUGUUGGAGUGGUGCAUUCUGCAAUCAUCACCCUCGUCGACACCGUCCGGGCCAGCCCAAAUCACAACCUGCAUCAACACCGGGCCCGGCCCGCACUGGACCAAAGCAGCAUGGUGUCAAGAAGGCCGUUUCGCCGGUCUACGAUACCGGCACACCACAGCGCAGAGCAGCGACAGCCCUGUUGCGGCGGCCUCUUCCUCCAGCGGGAAAGACAACGAAAAAGGCAGUUUGCGCGACCAUCUCGCUGACAGCGACUUAUCGACCGCCGAAGCCGCCGAGGUAAUCUGUCGGGGGUUGGUCAAGAAAUUGGUGACUAUGUUUGGGCUGGUCGAGGGGGAUGUGUUGCCAACCGAGAACCUGGCGGCUUAUGGGGUCGAUUCGUUGGUGGCGGUUGAGUUGCGCAAUUGGAUUGUUUCGCAGGUGCGCGCGGAUGUUUCCAUUUUUGAGUUGAUGCAGAGUUCGUCGUUGGCCGAGUUGUCGGGGAAGCUGGCUGCGAUGCGGAAGAAUUGA